AUGUCCGCGCUAGCCUGCGCGCUGCCCCUGGUGGCGCUCGUCCUGACGUCGCUCUGCCUCAACGCUUCCGCCGAGCUCGCCGUCCCCGAGGCCGCCUCCUCCGCACUCGCCGCCGCCAUGUCCGGCGAUCUGGCUCAGCUCGAUGCCACCAAUGCUCUCAGCGACGGCGCUGCGACGAGGAGGAUUCUCGACGACGACGACGAUGACGACGACGAGGACAAGAAGAAGAAGGAGAAGAAGGACAAGAAGAAGGAAGACAAGAAGAAGGAAGACAAGAAGUCGAAGAAGUCUCCUCCCACUCCCUCCCCUUCCACUCCCACCACACCCAAUAAGAAGGGCGGCAAGAAGACUCCUCCCACACCCACAACCCCCGCCACUCCUGGCAAGCCCGCCACUCCCGGCAAGCCCGCCACCCCUGGCGCGGGGAAGCCGGCGGUGAAGCUGAGCGGGUCGGACUCGAAGGUGGUGUCGCUGCUGGAGGCGGCGGCGGUGGACGUCGACAGCGCCAAGGCGAAGCUCUCCGUCAAGACGUACGGCAAGAGCCUCACGGACACGGCGGCGGCGCUGCGCAACGCCGCGAUUCUGAUUCGCACGGGGCAGCGCACGCUGGUGGCGGGGCAGAUCGACAACUCGAUCGCCACCAUCAACGGCGUGUCCGUCAUGCUCCCCGCCGGCGGCGCCGACAAGAGCCUGCUCGCUUCCGCGCUCGGCAAGGCGCAGGGCGCCAAGACCGCGUGGAAGGCGUAG